CGUAUGUGUGAGUAAGGAGCAGAAGGACCCAAGAAUAAUAACAAUAUUAUAAAAAAGCAGAAGUUCAAACAAGAAACAACUUUGUACCGUUCAUUGUGGUCUAAAAAGGUGAUUCUUUGAUACGCCCAGUUGUUACCAGGCUUCUUUUGCUUCUUCUGUGAAUCAUAGUGUGAAGAGGAAGGAAGUCUUUCAAUGCUGUUUGGUGUCUUUUCAGCUAACUGCAUGAACUGGAACCACAGACUAGAAGUCAGACCAGCUUCCUUCUCUACACUAACUCGUAACUUGUAUUGCUAUGGUUAAUGAAUCUUAUUCAUAGAGUUUUGCUUGUGUGUCGUUUUUAAUUGUUUAUUAGUUUUUUUAUUCAGGUGUGUUUGAAUAUCUCCCAGAACAAAGUGAGAGAGGAGAGGAAUCACUAUGAAUAGAUCAGCAGCAAGAGGAUUUCUAGCUUUCCUUCUAUCAGUACCAGUACUUCAGGGUAAUGAUGACUGGAGAGUUAGGUACUCAUCUAGUAAUGUCUGUGCUUUAAGAGGAGCAACGGUUGCAAUCAGCUGCACUUAUGAAUACCCUGACAACGUACAGUACCGCCCUAACACAUUCAGAACACUGUGGUUGACAAAAGGAGACACGUAUCAGCCAGUUGAUCUGGAACACGAUACAGACUAUAGAGUUCAUGUUGAAUCCAGCUGUGGAGAGGUCAGAUGUACCAGGUCCAGAUGUCAUGGAACAUGUACCCUGAGAAUCAAAGACCUGAGACAGAGUGACUCUGAUGUCUACAAGUUUAGCUUCACAACAAACCAACCAGAUGGGGAAUAUACUGGUGACCCUGGAGUGACGUUAUCUGUAACAGACCUCCAGGUGAAGGUGUCCUUUCUUGACCCUACCAGUCCUACCUGGGCAGAGCUGGAGUGUCACAGUAUGUGUGAUCUAGGUGGUGACCCUGGCUACACCUGGUUCAGGAAUGGACAGAACGUAGAACAGGGAGUGAAGUCAAGGGGCUACUUUAAGUCUGAAGGAAGCUAUUCAUGUGCUGUUGAAGGAUACGAACAACUCGGGUCUCCUUUAGUGUUGCUUCAGGGUAAUGGUGAAUGGACGGUUACUUACUCAUCUAGUAAUGUCUGUGCUUUAAGAGGAGCAACGGUUGACAUCAGCUGCACUUAUGAAUACCCUGACAACGUACAGUACCUCCCUAACACAGUCAGAACACUGUGGUUUACUAAAGGAGACAAGUAUCAGCCAGUUCAUCUGGAACACGAUGCAGACUAUACAGGUCGUGUUGAAUUCAGCCGUGGAGAGGUCAGCUGUACCGGGUCCAGAUGUCAUGGAACAUGUACCCUGAGAAUCAAAGACCUGAAACAGAGUGACUCUGCUGUCUACAAGUUUAGGUUCACAACAAACCUACCAGGCGGGGAAUAUACUGGUGACCCUGGAGUGAAGUUAUCUGUAACAGAUCUCCAGGUGAAGGUGUCCUUUCCUCACCCUACCAAUCCUACCUGGACAGACCUGGAGUGUCACAGUAUGUGUGAUCCAGCUGGUGACCCUCCCUACAUCUGGUUCAGGAAUGGACAGAAUGUAGGACAGGGAGUGAACUACAGGGCCUACAUUCAGUCUGAAGGGAGCUAUUCAUGUGCUGUUGAAGGAUACGAAGGUUUCCGCUCUCCUUUAGUGUACGCUCCAAGGACCCCCUCAGUGACCGUGAGUCCCUCUGGUGAAAUAAAGGAGGGCAGUUCAGUGACUCUGAGCUGCAGCAGUGAUGCCAACCCAGCAGCUGAGUACACCUGGUUCAAGGUUAAUAGAGAUGGUUCCUCCAGGUACAUGAACCAGGGACAACGGCUCGUCUUAAUACAGAUCCCAUCUUCAGAAUCUGGACAAUAUCGCUGUGACGCUCAGAAUAAGCUAGGGGAGAAAUCUUUCUCCAUCUCUAUUAAUUUAAAAUAUGGGCCUAAACACACAUCUGUGUUAUCAAGUCCCUCUGGUGAAAUCAUGGAGGGCAGUUCAGUGACUCUGAGCUGCAGCAGUGAUGCCAACCCAGCAGCUGAGUACACCUGGUUCAAGAACAACCAACCUCUGCUCUGGGGACCAAGUCAACGUCAUACCUUCCCCUCAGUCCGCCCUAAAGACAGAGGAACGUACCACUGUCAAGCAGGGAACCAAUAUGGACAUUUGAGCUCUAACUCAAUGUUCUUAAAUGUUACAUACGCUCCAAAGACCCCCUCAGUGACCGUGAGUCCCUCUGGUGAAAUAGAGGAGGGCAGUUCAGUGACUCUGAGCUGCAGCAGUGAUGCCAACCCAGCAGCUGAGUACACCUGGUUCAGGGAACAUGAAGACUCAGUGAAAGCAUCAGGACAGAACUACUCCAUCACUAAUAUCACAUCUGAGCUUGGAGGAAACUAUUUCUGCCAAGCACAUAAUGCAAUCGGACAUCAUAAUUCCACCUUUCUGUUAAUUAAAGCUUGUAUUCAGUGUUUGAAAUCGACAUCAUCAUCAUGGACAACAACAGUAGCUGUGAGAGGCAUUGUUGUCUCACUGGCCACCGUACUCCUCCUUGUCUUCCUCUGGAUGAGAAGAAAGAGGGCCUCCAGUAAAGCAUGUGGACAGGGAGGAAGGCCAGAUACUGUGGAGGAGCUACUUCCUGUUCCUGUGUAUGAAAACGUCCCAGCUCUUACCAAUCGCUUGGCGCCUGCAGCACAGAGAGAACCAAUAGAAGAGCAGGAUGGCCAUCACUGUCCCAUCAUCCACACCUCUUCCUCAGACUACCAGCAAGUGCCUCACUGAUUGGCUUGCUCCUGUGUCCAAUCAGAUCACACAGAUGAGGGACCAGGACCAGACGGAGAUGGGAGGAACCUCAGAGUUGUAAGCACUGUCAAAUAAACACCCCAGAGUGUGAACCAGCAGCGGCAGCAGGAUUUAAAUAGUGUUACGGAGUAUAGUGUCUGAUUCAUCCAGUUGAAACAGGACAAUAGGAUGGCUGAUUGUUUGCUGAACAUCCUAAGGCUCCUAAGGUUUUCCACUGUCUUCUACUUUUCUAUCAUAAACAUGGGAUCUUUGCAUUUUAUUAAUGGUAAUAUUUGAGUAUGGUGAUCCUGUGAUGUCAUUACCAUUACUGUGCUAUAUUAAUCAAUUGUAUAUAUAUUACGGUAAUCAAUCAACGUGAAAAUGAAAGUAUCCAACCUCAUUGGACCUUUGACCUUACGUGAUGCUUACAUUAACAAAAAAAAAAUGUUCAUGCCUCAUUUUGAUAUUAUUUGAUUUCAAGGUUUUUUUAAUAAAUUACUACUUUUAAUGUGUUGACUCCAUCUAUUGUCACGUUCUCCUGAGGUAGGUCUAGUCGUAACACAGACUUCUACAUUAAGUAGAUGUUUAGAUAUGAGUUUAAUGGUUUAGGCAGUAUUUAGAAUCCUAUAAUGUGGGCCUGUGAAGCCCUUUGAGACUGUAGCUGUGAUAAGAGCAAUACAAUUCGUUCUACUCAGGUCCCACCAUCACUGUGAAAAGAUGUCUGUUUAGCAAGAUAAGGGAUAUUUCAUGCAAUUUUUAGUAAUCAAGAAAAUAACGAUCCAUAGAACAAUUGAGUAUUGAAAGAUAAAAAUCAGAUAGAAAUUAGCCCUGCUUUUUAUUUAUAUUUUUUAUACUCAACCAAGUUGAUCAAAUUUCAAUGCAGGAAUUUACUUGGUAAUUUGUUAAAAUGUAUCUGAUUUCUUCCCAACAAUAUCAUAAAGCACUCAUGCUCCUGCUCUUCUGGUUGUUUACUGCAGGUAUUUUCAAUGUUUUUUUUUAUUGUGGAGAGAGGGUUUUACUGUA